AUGGCUCGCAUUCAGAUUCCCCUGGACGUCCUGACGUCGCGCCUGAACCUUCAGGACCGCUUCGCGGGCAUGCGUUCCGGAUCUCUUACGAACCGGUUCUCCAACUUGCGGCCCAUCUCCGAGUUUCUCGACAUUAAGCGCAUCUCGAAGCCUGUCAACUUCGCCGAGAUGCAGUCCCGCGUCAAUUACAACUUGAGCCACUUUUCCAGCAACUACGCUGUCGUCUUCGUCAUGCUCUGCAUUUACGCUCUUCUGACGAACCCCUGGUUACUCUUUGACAUCAUCUUUGUCGUCGCCGGCAUGUACCUCAUUGGAAAACUCGAUGGUCGUGACCUCGAGAUUGGCCAGAACCGCAUCACCCCGGCUCAACUGUACACUGGUCUCUAUGUCAUUGCAAUUCCUAUCGGUCUCAUUUCUUCGCCUUUCAGCACUAUCCUCUGGCUGAUUGGCGCCAGUGGUGUGGUCAUUCUUGGCCAUGCUGCUCUAAUGGAUAAGCCUCUCGAGGAGGCUUUUUCCGGGGAGGCGGUCUAA